AUGAAAUAUGAGAAAAAAUACUGGAAUAGCGAUAAGGGGAAAAAAAAGAAUGAAAAUUUUCCGAACGAUGACAAUUAUAGGGUAAAAAACAGAAGAUAUGGAAAAAAUGAGGAAGGAGGGGGGGGAUCAGGAAGAGGUUAUAGUAACAAGCCACAUCACCAUGACACGCGACGCAGUGAAAAAUUGCACAGUGAUAUAAUUUCGAGCAAUGAAUUAAAUUUAGAAAAAUCGAGUUAUACACCAUUUUCCCAAAAUUUUAAAAGAAAUAAUAAUUAUGAAGGGAAAAAUAAAAUGUUAGACAAGAGGGGCCAUCGAAAUAAUCAGUAUAUGCCUCCAUCAUAUAAAAGGGGAACGAUGAAUCAAAAAGCGAAUAUGACAAGUGGCAUGAAAAAUAAUAAUUCUCGUUUUCAUAAGAAAUAUAUAAGAAAUUCUGAUGAAAGAGGAUUAAAAUUUAAUACAUAUGAAAGUGGUGAUUACAAUAUGAAGAAUAACUUUGAUGAUGAUCAUCAGUCGCAUGAGUAUAAUUACAACAAAAUGCAUAAUUACCUCAAAAGUGACACUUAUCAUGCAGAAGACAAUAAUUUUCAUCAUAGUGAUAAUAAUGAUGGAGCUGGUGCUAAUUAUGACAACUACCAUGACGGUGAUAAUGGCUACAGCUUAGGAGACUAUUACUAUCUCGGUGACAAUAAUGACAAUGGUAACAAUAACAACAACGACGACCAUAGUGGUGGUGAUCGAUUCUGUGAUAGUUAUAGUAGAAAUUACAAUCAUGGUAAAUAUAACAAAAACAGUAGUAACAGUACCAUUCAUCAUAUUCCUAAAAAUAAAUAUGCGUAUGAGGAUAACCAAGGAAAUAAUUAUAUGCAAAGUUACGAUGAAAAAUAUGGAGCAAUCCGUAAUGAUGUUUGUAAUCAUCAUGAUAAUCAAGAUAUUGAUGAUUCCAAAAAAGGUGACGUUCGCCAAGAUCUGAAUAAUCUACAUAGGGACCUGCACAAUUUACUUUUUUGCCCAUCGAAAACGGAUAAUGAAAAAACCACAAGUAAAACAAAUACCACACCUCAAAAUAAAGAUAGAAACGAAAGUGUGUUGAGUAAGUUGUCCAUUUUGCGAAAUAUUCCUUUUAACGUGAAGCCGUCCGAGAAAGGUGGAAACAAGGAAGAAGGGAAUGGCAGUGAAGAAGAUAAUAAACAUAUUAAUAAUCAAAGGACUGAAAGACAAACAAGCGGUGAUGAACAUAAAACCAAUUACAACAAUAAAACAGCCAUGAUACUGGAUGAUCUAAAAAGGUGCCUUUACAGCAGUAGCAAUUGCGGGGCAAAGAAAACUCACGCAGUGAGUGAUGACAUUAUGACUAAAGUUCCAAAUCGCCAUGAUAGAGAAACGAAAACUGACCAAGACUAUUACUCAAAUAGUUUUGUGGAAAAUGAUGAUAAUUAUUUUAACGUUAACAAUGUUAGAGCUUAUAGAAAAUUUGGGGGAAGUGAAAGUAGCAGUAGUAGAAGUAGUAGUGGGAAAAGACAUGGUGAAAGUAGAAAUAAAAAGAACUGUUUUCCAUCCAUGAAUACUGAAAAGGUUAAUAGUCAUAUUCCAAAAGCAAAUGAAGAGGAAGAAAAUAAUGAAUAUAAUAAAAGUAGAGGGUAUAGGAAUGCCUCGAAUUAUUACAAGUUUGGACAAGUGGAUGAUGAAUCAUCCAUAUCAAAUGAUGGCAGUGCUGUCAUGGAUGCAUAUAAAAACGAAAUGAAGGAAGACCAAUUAAUGAAUUUUAGUGGAAAUUUAUUUUCAAAAGAUCAAAUAACUGAAUCGUUGAAAGUGUUAAAUACAUUACAAGUAGAUAUUGAAAGAGUGUGUUGUUAUAUAAAACAUUUUGUAGAUCCACCGGAACAGUUAUUUAACACUAUGAUAGAUGUAUUUUUAGAUAAAUCAGUAUUAGUAAAUUCCAAAAUUGCUAUUUUUUAUGUGUAUAAUCAUUUAAUUCAAGAGUUAAGAAAUAAUUAUAAGAACGAUUUAAAUAAAUAUUAUUCAAUUGCGGAAAAGGGGCUACAUAUUUUUGUCGUUCCUGUACUGAGAUACAUAUUAUAUGAAGAUGUGAACGUUGAUAUGAUUAAUAAGUUUUAUAGGUGUAUUACCAUUUGGAAUGAAAGAAAUGUUUAUGGUAAAGUAGUUUGUGAUCAGCUAAAAUCUUUGCAAAAGAAUCCACACAAAAAAAUUAAUUUUACUGUGAAAAAUGUAUCUAGCCAAGCUCAUAGUUUAUUAUCAAAUGAAUUGUCUAAAUUUGUUCCAUUAAGUUUUAUUUUAAAGAUGCCAAGUAUAAAUAAUGAACACAAAAAAGCUUUGGAAAAUAAAAUUCUAAGUGCUCUUUUUGAGAAUAUUUCAAAGGAUACUCUGAAGGGAUUCGAUGAGAAGGAUAUUGAAGAAGCUUCUAAAAUGUCAGACAAGGUAAUGCGCAUGUACGGACAGGAAUUAAUUUUAAUAAACUCUCAAAUUUUGGAGUUAUCAUCCUUAAUAAAUGACAACAAUGAUCAUUUGAUGAAGCUGCAUAAUGCACUGGGAAAAAACUGGGGGAAUGAAGAAGGAAAAUGA